AUUUACUGCUUUCCCUGUUGCAUAUAUAUAUAUAAUCACCCCUGUUUUUGAUCUUCAUUAUCCAGGCAUAUCAAACCACUUCUUAGAAUGGAUUGUCUUGAAUCCCUUGAUGUGCCAACCUUCUUUAUUUGCCCCAUCUCUCUUCAAAUCAUGAAAGAUCCUGUUACUAUCUCGACAGGCAUGACCUUCGAUCGAGAGAGUAUUCAAAAAUGGCUAUUCUCCUACAACCAUAUCACCUGUCCCAUUACGAAACAGCCCCUCUCCGAUUUCUCUCUUAUCCCAAAUUCCAAUCUUCGUCGCUUGAUCCAAUCUUGGCAGUUGCAAAACCCAUCUUCAUUAAAGUCUGUAGAUCAAAAGCCCAAGCACGAUGCCUGGUUCCCUCUUACCGUGCUUCUUGAAGAGAUCAAACAACCCCAUUUGCAGGUAAAGUCUCUUAGGAAGAUCAAGACACUAAUCCAAGAUAAUUAUGGUAAUAGGACUUUCUGCAUGGGAGAUGAUGUCUUAUUUUCCUCUGUAGCAUCCCUUAUAACCAAAUCUGAGUUAGCUGCAGGUCAUGACUCAUCUAUAAUUAUCAAUGAAGCAGUGUCUGUGUUGUGUCUUCUAAAGCCAUCUGAUGAGACGUUAAAGAUGGUGUCCCAAAAUGGAAAUGGCCUCCUAAUCGGAUCUCUGUGUACAAUUAUGACCAAGUAUUUGCACCAGGCUAGAAUUCAAGCUGCUCUUCUCCUGAAGUCUAUAUUCAAGGUAGUAGAUGAAAUUUACAAGACAGGACUUGAAGCAGAAUUCUUUGAGAGCAUCACCGAGAUAUUAAAGGACCAAAAUUCGAAAUAUGGAAGCAUGGCCGUCCUGACCAUUUUAAUGGAAGUUUUGCCAUUUGGGAAAAAUAGAGAGAAAGCUAUUAAGGGAGGAUCUAUUCCAGUCCUCGUUGAAUUGCUUGCUGAGAACACCGAAAUGAGAACUUGUGAGAUGAUGUUGGUUGUACUGGAAAAGCUUUGCAAGAAAGCUGAAGGGCGGGCGGCUUUUCUGGCCCAUCCAAUAGGCUUGGCAGCUGUGUUAUCGAAGAUUUUGAGGGUUUCUCAUGUCGGAAAUGACAAAGCAAUCACUUCGUUGUUAUGGAUUUUUAGGUUUUGUAAGAGCAGUGAGGUUGCACAAGAAUUCAUGGAGGUGGGUGGUGUGGCUAAGCUUUUCAUGCUUGUACAAAGUGGAUGUGAUUCAACGACCAAGGACAAAGUUAGGGAAAUUUUAGGGUUUCAUAAAAACACAUGGAGCAAGUCUCCUUGUUUUCCACUACCAUGAGAGGUUGAUUACUUGCUGUCACAAGUCGUAUUAAUUUUUUUUUUUUUUAAAUUUUCCCUUUAGAAUUGUUCAUUUCUUUUCUUUUGUUUCUGCUGGUUUCUUGGUCUCCUUCUCAUUUUCUUGUAUGGCAAGAUUUCGUAAAAGAUGUGUCAUUGCAAAUCUUAGAAUGAAACUUCUUAUAUGC